CAUCGGGCGUUUGCCGGUCACACAACAGCACUUUGGGUUCAAGGCUACCGCGGAGGUGAUCAGCUCGGAGGAGGUGAAUGAGCGUCUUGAACGUGCCAUCAGGGAAACUGUCAUCAUCUUCUGCAGAAUGUAUAGAACCAAAGUGGGUUUGAAGGACCGCCAACAGCUCUACAAGCUGAUCAUUAGCCAGCUGCUAUAUGACGGUUACAUUAGCAUCGCCAACGGCCUCAUCAAUGAGAUCAAGCCCCAGUCGGUAUGUGCGCCAUCAGAGCAGCUCCUGCAUCUGAUCAAACUAGGGAUGGAAAAUGACGACAGUGCGGUUCAGUAUGCAAUUGGUCGCUCUGAUACAGUUGCCCCUGGCACAGGCAUUGACCUGGAGUUUGAUGCAGAUGUUCAAACAAUGUCACCUGAGGCUUCUGAAUAUGAAACCUGUUAUGUCACUUCCCACAAAGGCCCAUGCCGUGUGGCCACCUAUAGCAGAGAUGGGCAAUUAAUAGCCACAGGAUCUGCUGACGCUUCCAUAAAGAUACUGGACACAGAAAGAAUGUUGGCCAAAAGUGCCAUGCCAAUUGAGGUAAUGAUGAAUGAGACCGCGCAACAGAACAUGGAGAACCACCCAGUCAUUCGAACUCUUUACGACCAUGUGGAUGAAGUCACGUGUCUUGCUUUUCACCCAACAGAACAGAUCCUGGCCUCAGGCUCAAGGGAUUAUACUCUAAAAUUGUUUGAUUAUUCCAAACCCUCUGCAAAAAGAGCCUUCAAAUACAUUCAGGAAGCUGAAAUGUUGCGCUCUAUCUCUUUCCAUCCUUCUGGAGACUUUAUUCUCGUUGGAACUCAGCAUCCUACGCUUCGCCUUUAUGACAUCAACACCUUCCAGUGUUUUGUCUCUUGCAAUCCCCAAGACCAGCAUACCGAUGCUAUCUGCUCUGUUAACUACAAUCCUAGUGCCAACAUGUAUGUCACUGGCAGCAAGGACGGCUGCAUCAAGCUAUGGGAUGGUGUCUCCAAUCGCUGUAUCACAACCUUUGAGAAAGCUCAUGAUGGGGCAGAAGUCUGUUCUGCCAUUUUCUCCAAGAAUUCCAAGUACAUCCUCUCAAGUGGAAAAGACUCUGUAGCUAAACUCUGGGAAAUAUCCACAGGGCGGACACUGGUGAGGUACACAGGCGCGGGUCUGAGUGGACGGCAGGUGCACCGGACGCAGGCUGUGUUCAACCACACUGAGGACUAUAUUUUGCUGCCGGAUGAAAGAACCAUCAGCCUCUGCUGCUGGGACUCUAGGACAGCUGAACGCAGGAACCUGCUGUCCCUGGGCCACAACAACAUUGUGCGCUGCAUUGUGCACUCUCCCACCAACCCUGGCUUUAUGACGUGCAGCGAUGACUUCCGAGCUCGGUUCUGGUACCGGAGGUCCACCACUGACUGAGCUGGCCUCACCCUAGGGUUCUUGUCUCAGGACGCUGCCCUCCUCCCCGGGUCGUGCCACCGGCUGCAGUAGUGAGCAGUUCGCACCAUCUGUGGCAUUGUGUGGCCACCUGGCUCCUGCCUUGGAUAUGUGUGUGGAAGCUCUUUUUACCUUGCUGUAGAAUCGUGGUGGGAAGAGUUUGAAACAGACCUGUGCAGUCCUGUCACGAAGAAUUCGGUGUGCUUCCCACCAGCUUAGUAAGUGCAGGGCUUGGCAUGGCUUCUGUCUCAUUUCGGAAGAAGCACAGAAUACUGAAGUACUUCCUGGGCCUCAGGAAUCUCACACAGACUGCUGUCAGGUUCCUUUGUCACCUCUUGCACCUGUCCUGCCCCUCUGUAUUUUCUUUCCAGAUGCAUUUUGGCACAUGAGGUCUGCAGCUCUGAGGUCCAAGGGUUUUGUGCCAUGUGGAAUAACCUUUCAGGGCUCUCAGUCCCAUCCUGAGGUGACAUCAUCCUGGUAAUAAAGCUCAGAUCUACAACCUCA